CGCGAACGUAGCUCCGUGUUAGUCUCGCCAUUGCAGCCCCGCUGAGCGGACGCGUCGUAUAUCUCCUUCGUACAUUACCAAGCUUGACGGCAAACAAUAUAUACAUAUAGUAGUCUGUACAGUUGGUGCUGCGCCUUGUGUGUCAUUGCCGUGAAGCGCGCACGCAGCCGUCUGGUAGACGAGUAACGCAGGCCAGAGAGUGAGCCGCUACGCGCACGUCCUGCAGCACUGCGAGCGAAGCCGCCGCCGCAUUGGCACCGACAUACAUACACGAGAGAGCGAGAAAGAGAGAGAAAAAGAGAGAGAGAGAGAGAAAUUGCAAAGCGCAAGAGAGAGAGAAAGAGAGAGAGAGAGAGCGAGAUAGCAAGGCUAAGCUACAUAGAGAGCGAGCCACUGCACUUUAUACAUACAUAUAAUAUAUACACCUUACCCAUAGACCACAUAUGCAUUGAUGUAUAUACAUAUACAUUGACCAUCAGCAUAUAUAUGUGUACAAACGUGUAAUAUAAAGAGAGACUAUUCACACAGCUAUAAAAGAAAAAUACAGAUAUACGCUUAUUAUAUGAAAAAAGAAAAUAUUGAAAAAAAGGUUGAAUCUGCAGAGAAUCGAGGAGGAUAAAUGGCCAGCUGCUGAUCGCCUGUCGAUUUUGUUCCCCAAGUUGUUUCAGCUGCUCCUGGACUGGUUUUCUAUCAGAGAGACCGACUGACCGAGAAAAAAGAAGUGUACGAGAGAGAGAGAGAGAAAGAGAGGAGUUGACUGCCAGAGUGCAGCAACUCUGCUAGGAACCAGACGAAGAGCAGCAGGCCUGCUCUUCGUAGGAGGCCCGGAGGCACACGACUGCCACAGCAACGAUCACGACGAGCAGCCGCAGCAGCAGCCGAGGCGGCGAGCACGAGCUUUCGGGUAACGACCGAUCCUCGGUUACCCGACGCCGCUCGACCUCAUGCAGAAGUACUGCACCGAGCUUACCGAAAAGCUCCUGCGAUCGCUCGACAGCGAUUAUCAUGUUGUCGAUUUGCGAGGCGUCAUUGAAGUUUUCACGGUCUUGGAGAAGACCACGCUCACGAAGGAAGUAUUGGAAGCCACCCGGCUCGGCAAACACGUCAAUGAGCUCCGACGCAAUUCCAAAGACGAGGCAUUGGCCAGGCGAGCCAAAAACCUCGUACGCAAAUGGCGUGAUCAGAUGCUGCCCGGUGUGAAUCAGCAACAGCAGCAACAACAACAUGCCCAAGUGGCCGAUGCCGCACAUGCUCCCGCUGGCCUCAAUGGUCAAUUUAGAAAUAUUACGCCUGCGAGCCCGGCGCUUAAAGCAUUGAAUUCUCAGACUCCAGCCCUUAGAGGUCUUCAACCUCAGAGUCCAGCUCUUAGAGGUCUUCAACCUCAGAGCCCAGCUUUCAAAGGUCUUCAACCUCAAAGCCCGGUGUUUAAAGGUUUCAAGCCGCAGAGCCCAGCUCUCAAAGGACUCAAGCCAAACAGUCCAGCUGUUCCUCUCUUGCGCAAUGCUGCCGUCAACUCUCGAAUUUCGAGUCCGGCGCUAUCUCUGCACAGUGACCAGUCUCGCUCUCCAGUUGAGUCUCCAAUUAGGCCACCAACGAUUGCAGCUGGUUUAAGUAAUCAUGUUUCCUCAGUCCCAAAGUUGGAUCAACAAAGUGGUCAAAAUCAUUUGUCAGAGGCUGUACCACGAACACACAGUUCCAACAAGCGGUUACGGAAAGAGGAUUCUUUUGAUUCUGCAGAUUUAGCAUCAAAUAAAAAGCUACGUCACAAUGGCGAUAGCAGUGUAAAUAACGAAGUGCCUAGUUUAACUCUGAAGGAAAGAAAUCCAGAACUGAUAGAACCUGUAAAUUUAGACACUCAAGUUCACGUUGCUAAAAAACGAGGCAGAAAGAAAGGUAGCAAAUCUAUAAAAAACACACCUUUAUUAGAAGAUAGUGUAAAAGAAAAAUUGGCUAGCAUAUCUCGUAGUACCAAACUGAAAACAACUCAAGAAUUAUUUGAAGACUUACAGAAGCGUGGUUCAAAUGUGAAUGCCAAUUUUUAUACUAGUCAUAAUGUUAGCUCUAUCAAAAAAGAAGAUAGUAAUUCAAGAAAAAGUACUGCUGGGGACAAAUAUCCGUUGAACAUAAAAAAUUCGUUUGAGGGUACUUUUGGUAAAACUAAUUGCAAGUAUGAAGAAAGUUUAUCGAAAUCACCGCACAAACAGAUUCCAACCAUUACUAUUGAUGAAGAUACAGUGGAUUCAGUUGGACCUAAAAAAUCUGAAAACAAUUUUUCUUCAAAUUCUAAUACACAAACUUUCGACAUUCCAACGUUACCACCACUAGAUCGAAAUACCAUUAACUGGGAUGAAGACAAUUACUAUGUUCAUCUCAAUACAACACCACGCGAAUUAACAGAUGCAGAUAUUGAUAAAUACCAUACAGAGUGUGUUGAAGGUUUGAAUGGAAAUUGGCAACCAAAACUCGCGUGUGUCAAAACUGAGCUUGAUGAUACUAAAGAUGAAAUAACCAAUUCAAUUGGUUUAAAAAGGCCAUCGGAUUCAAAAUAUGAUAAUUAUGAAUUCAGAGAGUGGCAUGAAAUGCUUGCAAGACCAAGUUUCAAUGGCGAAAACCUUCACAUAUUGCCUUACGUUGUUAUUGAUUAGUCAUUAAAAUUGUUUAAUAUAAACUGAAAAAUGUGUCCUAUAUUUAUACAUUAAAAGUCACUUUUAUGUUUUGAAUCAAAUUCAUUUUUUUUUCUGAAAGUGAUCGUUUUUGUUAUCUUUUGUUCUCACAAUAUGAAUACCGUGAUAACAUUUCUAAUUAUUUAAAUGCAUCGCAGAAAAAUACACGUCAACCAAUAUAAUUUACUACGUAAGACGUCAAAUUUUCUUGAAACAAUUGUGAUGAUCAAACAUAGAAAUGUAUUAUUUUUGUUGCAUAAGCGUUUCAUGGUUUUGCAUUUGACGUUAUCCAUCAAUUACUAUUUUUAGUCUUUUUCUUUUGUUUACUGCUUGAAAGUCUAAAAAAUUUAAAGAUAAAAUUAUUGUAUUUAUGAAAAUCUCAAAGGUUAAUGAGUAUGGGUUAACUGUAUUGUUUUAUAAUUGAUACAAAACUUGAAGCCAAUUUUUAGGAAUUAUUAUUUAAAUUGUUAAUUUGAUUUAAAUUUUCCAAAUUUGUUUAUUGAGGCGAUCCUUACCACAGUCAAAAAUUCUAUUUUCAAAAGAGUUUUUUGAAACUUCUACUUAAUAUUAUCUUAAAGGACUCUAUAGGAACCUUAACAACAUAAAAAUAAAGGUUUUCAUAGAGCCCUUUAGAGAAAUAUUCGGUAGAAGUUUCAAAGAACAUGUUUAAAAUUUUGAAUUUUGAACUGAGGUAUAGAUCACCUUAAUUGAAUGAUGUAAAUAACAGAUAGAAAAUAAUUUUUUAAUAUGAAUCCACAGUGAAGAUUUUCAGCAGUGGCAAAAAAUCUUACUUGCUGUUGAUUUCUUAUAGCAAUGACCAUGUUUGAAACAAUCUACUCCUAAUAUGUUAAAUGAGAGAUGUUGAUUAAUGUAACAUGUAAAUUUCUUUACAUUUACUUGUUAUAGACCAAACCAAUCAUAGUUACUUAAUAAAAAAUUGAAUGAUUCGUUAAUCCAAACUGAUGAUUACUCCGUAAUUUCACUCAACAUUUUCAUUAACUUCCUACAAAUUAUAGCAUAUCAUUAAAGUAAAUUGAUAAAUUAUAAAAAUCAAUGAAUGGACAGAUUUUUAUUUUAAUACGUUGCAGAAUAUGAUCAAGUCUGUACUAGCAAAAUAAAAUAUGUAAUUAAUCAAAAUGCACGUGACUUUUCAUCUCGUGACUCAUUGUGAAUUGUGCAACUCAUAUUCAUGACAUUUAAUCAAAUAUUUUUUAUGCAUUUUGAGAAAAAAAUGGUUAAAAAUCUUCAAAAGUCUGUUUAGCAUGUCUUCAUUUAGGAUAAUUUUUACUUUCAGUCAACUGGAAUGAACAUGGAAAUAUUCUACUGGAGAAGAAACUGUAAUUUUUAUCGUUCUACUAUUAUUUGCGGAGUACCCCAAAAACUAAUCAAAAGACUAAUGUAAACAACAAAUGAUCUAUAAAAUGUAUAUUGUUUACUCAAAAUUGAUCAAAAAAUUUAUGCAAAAAAUUUUCAUAACAUGGUAUUUUUGCUUAGGUUUUUUUAUAAAGUAGCUUUUUUCGCUGGUACGACUUGUACAUAUAUAGAUAUAUUGUGUAAUUAAAACGUUUGAAGUCUCAAUUUGUACAAUAUAAUUGAUUAAUAUAUAUUGUGUAAAAAAC